CACAUUUACCUAUACAUGUUUAUGCAGAAUCCGAUUCAGAUUCAGAUUGGCUGAACCGCGAACGUUCCAUUCAGUAAGAGAACCACGGUUCUCGCGAUGGUGGCAGUGGCUGUUGUGUUUCUUCGAAGAAUGAUGGCAAGAUGGCGACGUAUUUGAAGCGAACGUCAAAACUGUUUGAUAUUUCUUUGUCACAAUCAUCGGUGGAUAUUAGCCUUCGAGAUUUAAUAUGUCCAGUGUGCUGUAGCAUCCUGAUCGAGCCAGUAACGCUGCCGUGCACGCACAAUCUCUGUCUAAGAUGUCUGAAAGGUACUUUCGAACACAAUAGCCUGAGCUGUCCUCUCUGUAGAGUACGGGUCGGUUCUUGGCUACGUACUGCAACCAAGACCGAAACUUUAGUAAAUAACGGACUCUGGGAACUAAUCCGAACGAAGUUCCCGAAAGAGGUUGAGGACAAGUACAACGGCGACGAUAAAGACAUCGAAUUGGAUGCUGGUUUUACCGCCACUGAUAAAAUACUCAGCGUGGCUGGAGAAAUUCGCCGGGAAUAUGAAGUGCAACUUCAAAUGGCUGAGGAGGAAAUACGAUGUCAAAGGAAGGCUGAACAGAUGGCCAGCGAGGCUUUGAUUCGCAAGAUCCAAGAGGAGGAGCAACAGCAACAGUUGGCUCAAUUAGCUCAAGAUCAAUUGCUCGCGAAAUCAUUGGCGAAAAAGCAAAUCGCGGAUAAGCACAAAGAUAUCUCUAAAUAUUAUAACGAUUAUCCUAGCACCUCUAAUAGUUCUUUUCAAAUGUCAAAAUUUAAUGUCGCCGCUGUGACGGAAAUGAAUCCGUACAGAGCGAAGUUUCACGGCUCUGAAUGCGAAAAGGAAACUAUUUUAGAGCAUCAAGAUAGUUCGGGUUUAAGAAGACAGAAUAUCGCAUUGAUAUCGAAAAUACGCGCGGAGAGAUAUGCUUCUAGUAUAAAAAACAACGACACGUCCGGUGAAUGUAACGAUACUCUGGCGAAAUUUUGUUGCCAGAAACCAAUUCCUAUACACAAUGCCAUCUCGAGAACUUUAAAGCAUCAAGCAGUCACAAAGAUGAUCGAUCCUUGUACGUCGAAUUGCACCAUGGAGCCCGGAACGUCCUCUUCAAAAAUAUAUGGCACUCAGAGCAAAGAGGAAUUGAACGUACCGAACGAUGUUGUGAACAGUAAAAAGAAAAGUUUAGGAGUGGAGGUGUGUAUGACGUUGGGCGACGACGACGAAAGAAUGGGAAGUGCAGAAAGCGCUGGAAGCCAUGACAGUAUCAAUCAAGAGAUUCAUCAUUUCAAGCCAAUAAAAGCUAUGCCAAGAACGCCAUUAAAAACAUCCACAGAUGGAAGGCAAAUAGAUCCAAAAUUAAUUAGAGUCGUUCCUGUCCUUAAAAGGAUAUCUAAUGUUGUACCUAAAGCCCCGUCGCAGGCACAUCUGAAACGAAUUAUUGGGUGCUCGUGGAGCGCGUUCCGUGGCAAAACGAAACAGAGUUUCAAAGAAAAGGACGCGUACAAGGAAGAUACGGAUGGGUUGGAGCAGAAGCCGUCAACGUCCUUCGAUCAGUCGCACCUUAUUUCCACUAAAAUAACAAAGUCUCAAAUUCACGACAACAUACGUAAAAUUGAUUUCACGUCGGAGCUGUCGUUCGAUUCUAACAAGAAUUACGCGAGAAACACGAAUAGAAUAAUCAAUGGCACUAAGGUUAGCAAGAAGUUAACGUUGGACGAGCACAUGGAUAUCGAUAAGAUACAGAAAUCGUGGAAACCGCACGCGAGAAACGGCAUGGUGUGCAAAUCUAAACGGCAACGAAACCUGUGGGUGAAAAAGGACGCAAGGAACGCGAAAUACACGGACGAAACCGAGGCGAGAAAUUCGACCUCGUCGUCCGCGUCUGUAAAGAUCAGCUCGCCGUGCGACGAUGAGUUCGCGAUGCAACCGGAGGACGACGUGACAAUGGAGAACAUCGCCGAGAGGAUAAAAAGGAGAAAGACGAACGCGGAUAAAAAGAGUUCGAGCAGAGUGUCUUCCUUAAACUCGGAACCGGAAGUGACCGCGAAGAGGAACACGAGGAAGAGGUUGUGCAGGAAGGAGGACCUCGAGUACAAGACGGACGACGUGCACGUAACGGUGGAAAAGAGGAGUAGAACUAAGUUUACCAGAGUCGCCUUAUCGAAGUCGAAACAGCGCGUGGUGUGUCGGGCGAAACAGUCCAGCACGGAGAGUUCCGAGAAAAGCGACGCGUCCGUGGGUUCGGGUUGCAACGCGGGCAGUUCCGAGUCGAGGAAAACGGCGCGAAAGUCGCGACGAGGGAACAGCUCUUCCGCGAACAGCGACAAUUACAAUUCGUCCGAGUCGUGCAGCGAGGCGCAGGAGUGCGUGUCCGAGAAUAACAACACCACAGAGUUGGUGAUGAGUACGGAGAAGGGCGCCCUCUCGGACGAGGAGAUCGUCAAGGAACAGGAACGAAUGGAGAGACUGGUUAUACAGGAGAAAGAAGAUUUCGAACUGGCGCAGAGAUUGCAGGCGAAGUUCGACGAGAUGGAAAGAAUAGCCGGUAGAACCAGACGAUCGAAAAAGGCGAUCGAGAGCGAGACGGUCAAGUUGGACUUGUACAAAAUCAACGUCGGUAGGGGUGUACAGAAAUCAAUGGAUCCGCGCACUGCCAAACCCUCGAUUCUGAAUCAUACCGUGAACACCGAGGCUAAGAAACGCCGCAGACCACCGAAGCGUGUAAAAUAAAAUAAGAUACUUAUCAUUGGUCGUUGCAUCUAAACUGCGAACCCUCCAAACGGAUGUUCCUAUAAAUUGUAAAAAAAAAAAAAAAAAAACAGAGGUUUGAAUUUCUUCUUGUACAAUAGUUUACGUAUCUUAAUCGAAUUAUUUGCGUGGCAUCAAAUGCGUACCUGGAUAUAUUAAUGUGGCCGUAAAGAAAAUGAAAAAAGAGCAAGAGGUUCGGAUGGGCUUAUUAAUUAUCGAUAUCUUAUCGAUAACAUUCGUUUUUUUUGUCUUAUCGAUAACGUUGUUACGUUUAUCGAUAUAACCUUAAAUUAUCGAUAAUAAAAUAUGUAUAAUUAAUUACGUAUAAUUCAUUUAUGUUUUGUUCGUUUAAGCGUAACUUGAAUCGUAAUCGCGAUUUACCGUCUCGAAGCGUUUCUCCUUUUUUUUUUUUUUUUUUUUAGAAAAGAUUCGUUCGUUACGUGGUUACACACCACCAGCAAAUUAAUAGGUUAGAUA